AUGAGCUUCACAGUGAUUCUGGCUUUAAUCUGCACUUUCAGUUGGGUGUCUGUGUCGGUGUCAGAGUUUCACACCGUGGAGGUCCAGCCUGGUGAAGAGGUCACACUACUGUGCUCCAACUUUAGUAGGUUGGUCAGGCACAUAUUUUGGUUCAAAAUGGCCAUCGAACCCAAGGCCAGCUGCAUCUCAUCCAUGAGCUAUUCUGACUCCAAUGCUUCACUUUGUGAUGGAUAUGAAAACGAUCAAUUCAUAAUGACCUCCAACGCCACAAACCUUUUUCUGAACAUCAAACAAGUGGAUUUCUCCGACUCUGGACUUUAUUUCUGUGGAUACAAAAAAGAUGGACACUCAGUCAUUUUCAGUGCGACUCAUUUACAGGUUCAAGUCUCUCCUGUAGAUGUGUCUAAUGGGUUAACAAAUCAGCUGAUCAUCACCCUGGGAGGUGGAAUUAUUUUUCUUGUAAUAGCCAUCAUCUGUCUGGUUGUCAGAAUCAGGAUACUUCAUGCAGCUCAAACUGAGGAACAGAAUCCACAAAAUGCAGAGACAUCCUCAGAUGUACUGAACUAUACAGCAGUGAAUUUCUGUCAAGAAUCCAGAGGGAACAGAAGAUCAGCAGAUGACAGAGAGCUGGAGACACAUGUGGUGUAUGCUGCCACCAGACACUCACAUCAAUAG